AUGUCUGAGAUGGCGCCUUUCAGCUCUACCCUGCGGUCGUUACUCCCAGAACUCGAAUCCGCUCUUCUUUCCUUUACCGCCUCGACGAGCUCCAAAUUCCGCAUCGCACGCACAGUUAACCCCACCUCUACAAAGCCUAAGACCUUGUACAUCCUCGACUCCUCCUUCAACCCACCAUCCAAAGCACAUCUGAGUCUGAUCACGUCCGCCAUACGAGCAGCGAAAGCCGAGGACAAGCCGUUCCGGGUGCUUCUUCUAUUCAGCACCCACAAUGCCGAUAAAGCACCAAGCCCCGCAAGCUUCCAGCAAAGGAUCGCGCUCAUGACCGCUCUCGGCGAAGAUCUAUCUAAGGCAUGGAACAAAACUAACUCGAAUGCCGCUGGCAAAGAAGAAACGCCCAUCUCUAUUGACGUAGGUCUUACUACAGAACCUUACUACACCGACAAAUCCAUGGCCAUCGCCGAGUCUGAGCCCCCCUUCUACGAAUCAUCCCCAAAGCACAUACACCUUGUAGGCUACGACACGCUGAUCCGCUUCUGCAAUCCCAAAUAUUAUCCCAAUCAUUCCCCUCCGCUAUCGGCGCUCACACCCUUUUUCGAUGCUGGGCAUGGGCUGCGGGUUACAGCGAGGCCGUACGAUGAAAGCGAUGAAAGCUCCAAAGAAUAUGGCACAAUAGAGGAACAGAGAGAAUACGUGAUGGCUUUGCGGCGAGGAGACCGGGAAAGCGAAGGAUUCAAGAGCGAGUGGGGUCGCAAUGUAGAACUUGUCGAGGAUGUAGAGGGCGUAGGAAUCAGCAGCACGAGGGUGAGGAAAGCAGCGAAGAGUCAGGAGUGGGAGAUUGUAUCACAACUAUGUACCGAGUCGGUGAGUGCCUGGGUGCGUGAUCAAGCGCUGUAUAGUGAAGAUGUCGAAGGGAAUAAGAUGAUGGGCUGA